AUGGCUCAGAGGGACCGCAGCCAUCCAGGGGUGGGGAGUGAACAGACUCGGAGGCUGCAGGCAGGGCAGCUGCUGCUGUUCUUUGUGAGACGUUCUGUCGUCCCUUUGCUGUAUGAACUCAUUGAACGGCAGCAGUGGGUGCUGUCACUCUCCCAGCCUGCAGAGGAGGACCAGAGACAGACGAAACCGGGGACUGCAACCUUCUUUGCAGUUCCCAUGGAAAUUAGAGGACCCUUCCUGGUGCUGCUUCUGAGGGAAUGCUCCCGGGACCUGAGCUGGCUGGCCUCCCACUGGCAGCAAGGCGGGGCUGCUGGUGACCAGCGUUGUCCUCAGGCCCUGUUCUUCUGGGCCAUGCACACCACAGAGACUCUGCACCGGAACAUGCAGGUGCUGUUCAGCUCCGUGGCCGAGGCUGAGGAGCAGCAGCCACACCUGCGGGGCUGAGCCGUGCAGCCUGGGGCCCGCCGUCUGGCUGAGUACCAUGUGGGCAGUUAUGGGUGCUGGGUAGUGGACACGGUGGAUACCCAGGCCGUGGUCGGGGUCAUCAGUCUUGGCCAGGCAGCUGCCAUGCAGGUAGAGCCCCUGCGCAGCCUGAACAGCGAUGGCUUCUGGCCCAUCCCGCCUCCGACUCAGCCGUUCACUUUGGAGAAAGGUGAGAUUUCCAAUCAGGUGGUCCAUCGCAUCCUCCAAGGGAAAAUCACUGGUGCUUUGAACUUGGAGAGCAUGAUAUACAUUGCCCUAACAGAUUCUGGAGAAUGGAGCGGCCCACUGCUUAACUUCCCUGGCAGUCCAUUGUGGAAUCCGGUGGGGCGCAUUCAACCAGUGAGCCACCCCUCAGUGGACGCAGUUGGCAUGUCUCACCAGUGUGGGGUGGUCAAUCCCUGA